AUGGAGAUUCAACCUGAUACAUCCCAACCAGAAGUCAAGCAGAUUGGAGAUCAUGACUCGGGUGACUAUCUCAAUCAAUGUCAUGGCUUUUGGCUCACCCCCAUCUUCGUCCAAGCAACCGAAGAACUACUUAAACAAUUCAAACCACUUCCUAAUGAUGUAAUCUUAGCCUCUUUCCCUAAAACCGGCACCACAUGGCUCAAAUCUCUCCUCUACUCCAUUGUUAACCACUCUUCGAUAGAUCAGUUGACGAGAAACCAUCCCCAUGAACUUGUGCCACAACUUGAGCUACUAGUUUAUGGACCACACGUGGUUUCUCCUCAUCCUUUUCCCUCUCUUGACACUUCAUCAUCCAAUAGGAUAUUCAGCACCCAUCUUCCAUACCAAAUCUUUGGCAAAACAGUUAACUCAUCAGAUUGUCGCGUCGUUUAUGUUGCGAGAAAUCCGAAGGACACUCUUGUGUCCAGUUGGCAUUUUUACAAUUCAAUGGAAAUGUUUAAAACUUCCCCAUGGCCGCUAGAGGUUACUGUGGACAAUUUUUGUAAAGGGAAAGUUCCUUUUGGACCUUAUUAUGACCAUGUGUUGGGGUACCAUAAAGAGAGCCUGGAAAGACCCAAGAAAUUCUUUUUUAUUACUUAUGAGGAACUGAAGAGUGAUCCAAAGACUCACGUCAAGAAAUUGGCCGAGUUCUUGGGGUAUCCCUUCGAUAACAAAGAGCAAGUGGAGGAGGUGGUGAGGAAUUGUAGUAUUGAGACAUUGAGAAAUCAUGAGGUGAACAAGUCAAGCGAUUUGUUCACUGUCUAUGAGUUUCCAUAUAAUUCCUUCUUCAGAAAAGGGCAAGUUGGGGAUCACAGAAAUUACCUUACCAAGGACAUGAUUGACCGCGUUGAUACAAUUACUAGGGAGAAAUUUCAAGGAUCAAUCUUCAAUCAUGAGGAAGAUUCAAAACGUUCCAAGGAUGUUGCUGUGCCCAAAGAUAUAUACAUGGGCCUUAAAUACCACGGUUUCUGCACUUGGUUGAAUGGGACUUUCUACAGGUCAAUUGUUGCGUUGCGGAUGGGUGAUGAGGUGGCGAUGCAGUACCAAUCCUUAUUUUGGUGUCCGAAUAUUGCUUGCGAUUCACGCUUGACCUUUAUUUAUCUCGUUAUGAUUAAGCAAUAA